AUGAAAACGCUCCUUCUCUUAUUGCUGGUGCUCCUGGACCUGGGACAGGCUCAAGAACCACUUCACAGGGUGCCCCUCAGGAGACUUCAGUCCCUCCGGAAGAAGCUGCGGGCACGGGGCCAGCUCUCUGAGUUCUGGAAAUCCCAGAAUUUGGACAUGAUCCAGUUCACCGAGUCCUGUGCAAGGGACCAGAGUGCCAACGAGCCCCUUGUCAACUACCUGGACAACGAAUACUUUGGCACCAUCUCCAUUGGCUCCCCACCGCAGAACUUCACCGUCAUCUUCGACACUGGCUCCUCCAAUCUCUGGGUCCCUUCUGUGUACUGCACCAGCCCAGCCUGCAAGACACACACCAGGUUCUACCCUUCCCAGUCCAGCACCUACACAGCACUGGGGAACUACUUCUCCAUUCAGUAUGGGACCGGGAGCUUGUCCGGGAUCACCGGAGUCGACCAAGUCUCUGUAGAAGGACUGACUGUGACUGGCCAGAAGUUUGGAGAAAGUGUCACAGAGCCAGGCCAGACCUUUGUGGAUGCAGAGUUUGAUGGAAUUCUGGGCCUGGCAUACCCCUCCUUGGCUGUUGGAGGGGUGACUCCAGUGUUCGACAACAUGAUGGCCCAGAACCUGGUGGGUCUGCCGAUGUUUUCCGUCUACCUGAGCAGUGACUCAGAAGAUGGCUCGAGGAGUGAGCUGACUUUUGGAGGGUAUGACCACUCUCAUUUCUCUGGGAGCCUGAAUUGGGUUCCAGUCACCAAGCAAGGCUAUUGGCAGAUUGCUCUGGAUGAAAUCCAAGUGGGAGGGGCUGUGAUGUUCUGCUCUGAGGGCUGCCAGGCCAUUGUGGACACAGGGACCUCCCUCAUCACUGGUCCUUCUGACAAGAUCAAGCAACUGCAAAAGGCCAUUGGGGCAUCACCCAUGGAUGGCGAGUAUGCUGUGGAGUGUGACAACCUCAACGUCAUGCCCGAUGUCACCUUCGUUAUCAAUGGAGUCUCCUACACCCUCAGCCCAACUGCCUACACCCUGGUGGACGUCGUGGAUGGAAUGCAGUUCUGUGGCAGUGGCUUUCAAGGACUUGACAUCCAGGUCCCAGAUGGGCCCCUCUGGAUCCUGGGAGAUGUCUUCAUACGACAGUUUUACUCGGUCUUUGACCGUGGAGAUAACCGUGUGGGGUUGGCCCCAGCAGUUCCCUAA